AUGAUGAUUGUGUUCCAGAACCAGAUCAUCUAUAUGCCAUCCAUUCCCCCCGGGGCGAGAAGGGAGAGAAUCGAGGAUUAUGCCGGUGAAUGUAGUGGGAUUCGCUGGGUGGAAGAGAGGAUCUUGGCGGCAGAUGGAGUGGAACUCGGGAUGUGCGUGGGUGAGAAUGUCAAUUCCCAUAAUGCAACAGUAGCUGGAAAAGGACAUGGCGUUGAUAAACAUGUCAUUAUUCUGUAUUUCCAGGGCAAUGCGUCUUCACUCCCGCCCCGGCUACCGCUUCUAUCAAAUGUUCUUCGCGAUCUAGAAAGGGCCUCGAACCCCCGGGUCAAGUACACACUCGUCGCGCUAUCCUACCGCGGCUACUGGACAUCCCGUGGGCGGGCCUCACAGAAGGGAAUCGAGCGGGAUGCACUGGCAGCACAUGAUUGGAUUCACAGAACGUAUUUCGGCUCCAACGCAGAUGCUCCCCCUGCCAGGUACAGGGCCGCUCUUGUCCUGUGGGGCCAAAGUAUCGGGGCGGGAGUAGCAACCGGUCUUGCGGCCCAUCAGGCAGAUACUCAAUCGCGGGGGCAUGUUCCCUAUAUACCUCUCAUUCUCGAAACCCCGUUUCUUAGCAUUCCCAGCAUGCUCGAGGCCCUUUAUCCCCAACGUUGGCUCCCGUAUCGCUACUUGUCACCGUUCCUGCGUAAUUGGUGGGACUCGGAAACAGCGAUAGCCAGAAUCGGCGUCGCACAUCGAAAAGCGAGAGAAACAGAACGCAAGGCGCCUGUUCUCAUUAUCACUGCUGCGAAUGACGAACUGGUUCCUACGCAUCAGGCGACCAGGUUAGAGGCGCUGUGUACAGAAUCUGGGUUGGAGGUACAGCGACAGGAUGUCAGCGGGGCGCUGCACACGGAGGCAACGAUCCGAGCAGAGGGCCGACAUGCGGUCGUACAGUUCCUCAAGGCCAUCGGCGAGCGCAAGGGAGAUUAA